AUGGCCAUUGAAAAUCUCUUCAAUGACAACAAGGAACCGCGCGCGAUCUACCUCAGCAAUCAGUUCCACUCCUUCAUCCAGGGCGAUCUCACGAUCUAUGAGUACUGCCAACACCUCAAAACGCUGGCUGACUCCCUCCGCAAUGUCAGGCACGUUGUCUCGGAGCCACAACUCGUCCUCAACAUGUUGCGCCUGAACCCAUGUUUCUCGAGUGUGACCGACAACAUCGCCAAUGACACGCUGUUCCCGUUGUUCAGCAAGGCCCACUCCACCCUUGUGCUAAAGGAACCGCGUCUUGCUAAUGAGUCCAAGGUCAUCAAGGAUACAAAGCUUCUCGUCGAGUCAUCCACGUCCACUUGCGGCACUAGCGGGUGCCGUGGCUCAGCACCUGGUUCUGCCGCGCAACAACCCGGUGCUCCAACGGGUGGGUCUCAUGGUUCAUGUGAUCCCAAGUGCGGAGACAAUGGGCGACGCGGUCACCAGAACCAGACCUCGUGCAAACAGCCGCUUGUUCCAUGUGCACCAGGGCCACAACCUGCUGGCCCAUGGGUUUGUUUUAACCCUUAG